UGCAAUACAUACCCUCUAAAGCUGCAAAGUUUGGUGUUAAGUUCUGGGUAUUGGCUGAAAGCGCUACUGGAUAUGUUGCUCACUUAAAAUGCUACUUGGGUAAAACCUUUACACCAACUUCAAAUAUGUUGCAAGGAACAGAAGUAGUAUUACAACUUUUAAAAAAUUGUAAUUUACUCCGGAAAGGUUACCAUGUUGUUUGCGACAGCUUUUUUGUAGUUUUGAUUUGGCAAGAAGGUUGAUUGACAUGGGUACAUAUUUGACAGGGACACUACGAUCCAACAGAAAAAUGCCCCUUUCAAUCAAAAACGCAUAUGUGGGACCAAAUGAAAGUGUUUAUGUCAGACAGGGUGACAUUUUGGCCGCGGCUUACAAAGGAAGGGAGGGAAAAAGCCUGUAAGAAUGUUAAGUACAUUCAUGAAUGCCGAAAACUCCAACGGAAAGCCAAAAAUAGUACAUCAUUACAAUAUGAACAUGGGGGGAGUUGAUGGAGCUGACAUGUUAUUGCAUUUUUACAAUGAUAAUCGAAAGUCAACUAAAGUUCGGAAGAAACUUGCGUUUAAUAUCAUACACAGAAUGUGCAGUAAUGCAUAUAUUUUGUAUAAAAAAAAUACGUCAGACAUGCCAAUAAAACCCAGAUUGAGAUUUGUACAGGAGGUUAUAGAGGAGAUCAGUAGAGAACAUCAUGCUAAUAGAGGAAAGCCUGUUAGAGGGGUGAUUAGGAAUAGGAAUAUUGGGAUACAACCUAUUCAAGGUAACAAAGAAAAGGAUUGCAUCGUGUGUUCCGAUCGCUCAACAGGGCAACGACGACGAUCAAGAUCGCAAUGUAGAAGUUGCCGCAGAGGCCUACACUUUGCCUGUUCGGACAGGCAUGUUUGUCCAGAAGAAGAAGAAUAGUUUGGACUUGCGGCACUUAAUUAUGUUUUUAUUUUUUACCAAUGUUGGAUUUUAGCAAUCUGAGUAAAACAUAAAAGUACUUGUCAAUUCUACAAUGUAUCAUUACAAACUUUUUUUUUUAUUAUUUCCCGACACUUAAUUUUAUUUGAUGUCCAUCACCGUGCUUCAGGAUAAUCUAAAGUAAAUCCCCGGCCGUCACCACAAUGUGACGAAUAUAUCCAGGGUAUCAACAUAUCAUUUAAUUUCUAUGAAAUACUUGAUUCUGAUUGGUUGAAAAAUUCUUUUGAUACCUGCAUCAAUAAAAUCUAGAGUUCGCUUGCACUAAGCAGCCGGAACUACUUGGCAGUCUCUACAUGUAUAUUUCCCGCUUCCAGGUUACUUACUUCUUGAAGGAAUAAUAAAAUAAUUUUACUUCAAUAAAUAUUUUCCUGAAUUUCGAAAUCUGUCCGUUAUGUUCCUGACUUAUUUUCUACUUUCGUUUCUUGUUGAAUUAUCGCCCUUUGCUAAACAAAUCAAAUCGUCUGCAUAACAACAGUACAGUUUUGGGAAAGAAAGAGAGAAAUCGACAUAAUUUUGUAAAAUGUUUGGCUUUGAGAUGUCUGGUAUGAACAAUAGAAUUCUGAAGAAACGUUUUUUAUGCUACC